UGAGAAGAACAGCAAGGCCAAAAGCGAAGUCAAAUUUUGCCAAACACCAGAGCACCUUGCGCCGUUUUUUUCUUCAACGCGGGGCUGCUAAAAAUAACCGAUGCUGUAGUGACAAGCAUCCAUUACUAGUUCAGAAGGGGUGCUGCGCUUUGGUAUCCAAUUCCAACUAGUUAGAAGCCACAAGAAAAAAGCACUCAUGACCGGCAUCGAAGACACGCCCCAGGCCGAUCACGGCUCAUCCCGCCGCAAACAGAGCAUCGGUGAAUCCUCUACCAACAGUGGCAAUACAGGAAGUUUCACAUCUUCUGGAGCAGCUGCAGCAGGACCACGAGGACCAGCAAAUCUUCUGCAAAUAGAAAACGUCCACACCAUGUCACCACAAGACGCAGAUACUACCGGAAGCGAGACGCUAGAACGAGCUACCGCUGCAAACGUAGCUGCGAACACCGGCGCAACUGCUUCAGCGGAGGACCACGCUUCGGGAGGUGUACUCGCAGCAGAACAAGAGCAGUCCUCGCCUAGCAAGCAGAGAAGAAGUCUAAACCUUACCAGACCCACUUCAACUACGCAACUGAAAAGCACGAUAACAAACAACACCGACUUCCUGUGCUCGAAGCUGCCGAGGUUAACGAUCCGCGAGUGGGCGUUUCUCUCCGCUUUCACCAUCUGGACGACGAUUAUUGUCAACAGCCUGGACAAUCGGAAGGAUUGGUGGAUCACACCACCUCUGUCCCUAACCCAGCACGACUACCUGCGCGGGCAGAUGAUCGCACUGUUCGGGUUUGGCUUAACCGCAACGGGGAUGUUUAUCGCGGGGCGGCGGGCGUACAGAUUGUAUUUUAAGGAAAUUGCGAACUUCGGGAGCAGCGGCAGUAGUAAAAGUAGAGGCUUGACAAGUUCAAGUGACAAAAGCGGUGUUAGCCAAAUAAGCAGAAUGCCAUCUGCAACCAAGCAGGACGAAGAUGCUAAUAGUUCGGGGCCGUUGGCGAAACUAGUGAUAACCGAAAAACAAGAAGUAGAUCCCCGAGCGUCCAUUUUGUCGAACAAAGAAGAGGAAGACGAACGUCUUUAUGCAGUGCAAAAGUAUCGUACUCGUCGAAAUGCAUGACAAAUUUCUAUUUCCUCAGCAUGAGAAAUAAAAUUUGUAAUGCGGAUUUCUUACCUUAAAAAAAAGAUUUGUAAUGCGUGACUGCAAUUCCUACGAGUGCGAUACUCUUGCAGUUCAUAGUUUUGCCUCCACUGCGAUUCCUUCUUCCGCGAUGGCGCCCACAUUGACCGCGCUGGAUUCUAUCGGCGUUACAAAUUCAGUAUCCUGUCGUGCAAAAGUAUCCCACUCGUAUUGCAGUCAUGCAUUUACAAAUCUUUUUCUUUCGGUAAAUCCGCAUGACAAAUUUCACUUCUCAUGCUGAGCAGGAAACUUGUAAUGCAUUUAUACGAGUGCGAUACUUUUGCAAUUCAGAUUCAGUGAUUAGUAGUGCUGCUGAUCCAGCGGAGGUUGAAUUAGAAGUAGCCGAGCAAACGCUAUCAAAUGCAAAAAUGUCUGGGUCUGGAAGAAUGCGCAAUUUGUCAUGCAGCUUUUCCAUGACCCAUGAGGUCUGGAAUGCAGGACCUAGCAUGACAGAUUCUGUGCGAUUUCUCUCAUGCCUAUUCUGCAUGAGAACCCCCCUCCCGACUUGGUCAAAAACUCGACGACUUUUGGUAAUUACGCAACACAGAUUUUUGCAUGCUUCAGAUUUAGCAUGACAAGUUGCAUUCUUGUUCUUCCAGACCCAGACAUUUUUGCACUUGGUAAACACGCCGGAGAAGCAACAGCCGCGAGCAAGCUUUGGCAGAUCAUGCGGCCACUUCUGCAGGAGCUCCAACUUUGCUAGCUGCCCUUGAAGUAGGACAAUACGAGCAAACGAGCGCAGCAGGAGCUGCACAAGAGCAGCUGCAAACCAAGAUAGUAACAAGAGCAGAGGGUCGUGAUGAAGCUGCCGCGACUAGUACCACAUCUGUGCAGGAGCUAACCGAGGUGGAGCACGACCAGCGGGGCGACCUGUCAGAAAUGAGAAUAACGUCUGCGACAUCUCCUUCUUCUGCGAGCGCCGUCAGUAAGAAAAUGGAAUCGACAAAGUUGUCCACUGUGUCAGCUGCGAGCAGGAGAACGACCUUGAGAUACCGCAUGGUAUCCACAGUAAAUAAUUUCCCGUACAUGAAAAAAUGCAGUCACUGCAUGACAAAACUUGCCAUCAAUCCUAGUCUAGCAUGACAAGUUGUACACUGCAAGUUAGCGCAAUUAGUCAUGCAUUUUGUACAUGUACAGGAAAUUUGUAUUGCAUACAUGGAGCAGAAACUGAACUGGGUUUCCAACGAGUGGAAGAUCCGGAUCAUUUUCGGCGCCUACAUGUUGUCGACCCCGUUUCUGUAUCAAAUGUAAAAAUGUCUGGGUCUGAAAGAAGGCAACUUGUGAUGCUAACUUUGGAUUCUAACAAAAAUCUGUAUUGCAUGACCAGCAAGCGGCGCCCAGUUUGUUUGUGCUACCUAUGCGGGCCGGGCAUUUGUCAUGCGGGAUAGGCAUCAGGAAGGCCUCUUGAAAUAUGUGAUUCUAGAUCAUGCAUUGCAGACAUCCUGAGUCAUGCAAAAUAUGCAUGACAAACCUGGCAACCUUCCAGACCCAGACAUUUUUACAUUUGAUAUUCUGUUCGGCAUCGCGUUCAUCGUGGACCAACACGACAACGAGGUGGAGAGCGAGUUUCUACCUGUGGAUCGAAAGAGUCAUCAGUGGAUGUCCAGGUAUACAGGAAGCAAAGUUCUUUGGGAUGCGGGAUUUGCUUUUUAGAUUCUUGAACUUGUCAUGCAUCUUUCUCAAUCUACUUUUCGACUUUAUAUAUUUUACUCAAUAAAAAACUCCAGGGUUUUCUUCACUCUCCAGCUUGUGCACCAGAUUGGCUUACUCCUCUGGACCUGGCUUUCGCACGAUAGCACUUUUCACCCCGCAAUCAAGCGGCACUACGAGGACAAGCCGGAUAUCCGAAACUCGAAACCGCUGAAGGAAGUUUUCGAAAAACGAAGGAACAACAUGAGCAAAACACUCUACCUCGCGCUCCUCCGACAGAAAAGAGUGUGGCAGUUCCGGAUUUUUGCGGUGUUCCUCGGUCUCUACGGGGCGAUCAUCGGUUUUUUUGUCCUCGAGUACGGGGUGUGCGCGUCGGGGUGUAGUCGGUACGAAACGCAAAACAUCACGGGAACGAAUCAGUACCUGUGCAUCCUGGGAACGGUGCUGUUUUCCAUGACGCACGCGUAUGAUCCCUUGCUGGAUACGGCGUGAGAGGGAAGCGGCGCUUGUUUACCGAGGGGUAUGGAGCAAGUAGUAGAUUUUUUCAGCGAACACGAAGAAGCAUGAAAAACGCACUGCUCUGCGACGAGCAGGAGUAGAUGACUCACUCACGGCCGGCGCAGGGGCCUGGUUGUUGUACUCCACUUCUACUAGUUUGCUCGACAUAUUAGUAGUAAAGUACAUGGUCGUGGUGCACUUCUCACAUGAUUCGCUUCGUUUCUUUCAGCACAUGGUUUCGAACUACGCGUGGCAAUUUUUUUUACAGGCUCUCCUUAUUUUCUAGUAAGUUUGUUUCAAAAUAAAAUGUGUUUGAGUUUGUUUCCAUUUCCAAUGAAUCUGUAUACCAAGUUUGUUUUAUGUGAACGAUUUUCCGAUACAUACUACGCGAGGACUCAUCUUUGAUGAGAAAAAAUCGCGGUAGCGCCCGAGCCGUGAUCGCGCCUUUUCCAAAUUUCUAUAUAUUCAUUUUUUUACCGUUUGCGUUUGCCAACACUCUUUGUGAUUCUACCUCAGUUUGAAUUUUCAUCAUUUUUAACCUUGAUAGCCGCUUUUCAUCAACAAACGAAUGUCACAUCUGAUGUGGCCGAGGAAUCUGAUUUAACAUUUGAAUUUGAUAGCCUUGACGUCGUCGACAUGUUCGUCACAUACGUUGUUUUUUGUACAUGAUUUGAUUUGAUUGCUCAUGUCGUGUGGCAUCACAUGUCUCUCUACAUGUCGCUACUUAUAGGGCAACCGAGCCGCAGGUGGAGCGAGCCAUGACACGAAAAUGGAUUGUAUUCAUCACCAACAUGUAUAUUUUUUGAUCGUGGAUGGAAAUGAAAAAGAUGGACCUACAGUAUGUUUAUGCACCAU